GGGCAGACACGGGUCAGGACGGCCCCAGCCCCAGCGCUGCUGACAGGACACAUGACCCAAGCAGGAAUAAGGAAAGGGGAGGCUUCGCUUUCCUUUUUCCGUCCCACUGCUGGGACAGCACAAACAACCCGGAGGGGUAUAAAACCCCGACUGCCCAGAGCUCCCCACUCACCCACACGCUCAACCCACACUCACCCCACACUCACCCACUCACACGCUCCCAGCUCAGCCCCAGCAUGGCCGCGUCCGCCGUAUCCGUCUGCUCCAGCGACCUGAGCUACGGCAGCCGCGUCUGCCUGCCCGGUUCCUGCGACUCCUGCCCCGACUCCUGGCAGGGGGACGACUGCCCAGAGAGCUGCUGCGAGCCCCCCUGCUGCGCCCCCAGCUGCUGCGCCCCGGCCGCCUGCCUGAGCCUGGUCUGCAGCCCCGUGAGCUGCGUGUGCAGCCCCUGCCAGUCCGUCUGCACCAGCGCCUGCACGCCCUCGUGCUGCCCGCAGUCCAGCUGCCAGCCGGCUUGCUGCACCCCGUCCCCCUGCCAGCCGUCCUGCUGUGUGCCCGUGUGCUGCAAGCCCGUGUGCUGUGUGCCCGUGUGCUCCAAGCCCGUGUGCUGUGAGCCUGUCUGCACUGGGGCCUCCUCUUCGUGCUGCCAGCAGUCUAGCUGCCAGCCGGCUUGCUGCACCCCGUCCCCCUGCCAGCCGUCCUGCUGUGUGCCCGUGUGCUGCAAGCCCGUGUGCUGUGAGCCCGUGUGCUCUGGGGCCUCCUCAUCAUGCUGCCAGCAGUCUAGCUGCCAGCCGGCUUGCUGCACCCCGUCCCCUUGCCAGCCGUCCUGCUGUGUUUCCGUGUGCUGCAAGCCCGUGUGCUGUGUGCCCGUGUGCUCUGGGGCCUCCUCUUCGUGCUGCCAGCAGUCUAGCUGCCAGCUGGCUUGCUGCACCCCGUCCCCCUGCCAGCCAUCCUGCUGUGUGCCCGUGUGCUGCAAGCCCGUGUGCUGUGAGCCCGUGUGCUCUGGGGCCUCCUCUUCGUGCUGCCAGCAGUCUAGCUGCCAGCCGGCUUGCUGCACCUCCUCCCCCUGCCAGCCGUCCUGCUGUGUGCCCGUGUGCUGCAAGCCCGUGUGCUGUGAGCCCGUGUGCUGCAAACCUGUGUGUUCCAAGCCCGUCUGCUGUGAGCCCGUGUGCUCUGGGGCUUCCUCUUCAUGCUGCCAGCAGUCUAGCUGCCAGCCGGCUUGCUGCACCUCCUCCCCCUGCCCCUCCCCCUGCUGCAGACCCUCCUCCUGCGUGUCCCUCCUCUGCCGCCCCGUGUGCAGACCUGCCUGCUGUGCCCCCACCUCCUCCUGCCAGCCCAGCUGCUGCCGCCCGGCCUCCUGCGUGUCCCUCCUCUGCCGCCCGGCCUGUCCCCGCCCGGCCUCCUGCGUGUCCCUCCUCUGCCGCCCCUCCUGUCCCCGCCCGGCCUCCUGCGUGUCCCUCCUCUGCCGCCCCGCCUGUCCCCGCCCGGCCUGCUGUGGCCUCUCCUCAGGCCAGGGGGCCAGCUGCUGA